AGAAGAAAGCUCCACCCUGCCCCAUUCGUCUUUUCCGGAUGAGGCCAUAUAAGCAUGUGUUAUUUAUUGUAGAGUAUAUAUUUUUCAUCUCGUGUCACUGAUGUGCCGUAUUUUACAACUUGGACAUCGUAACACUUUGUUUAUCCAACGGCCGCCAGUUUCAUGUAGCCAAGGGUCUAAUUGGACAAAGUGAGCAGCAGCAGCAGCAGCAGCGGCGGCGGCAUCCAGUCAUGGAGGAGUGGGUAGCGGAGACACCGGAGGAGCUGCUGGCAAAGCAGCACCGCAAGGAAAAGAAAGAUCUGCAAGCUAAAAUCCAGAGCAUGAAAAAUGCAGUCCCCAAAAAUGACAAGAAAAGGAGAAAACAGUUGACGGAGGAGAUUUCCAAACUGGAGGCUGACCUCAGUCAAAAACACGAGGAGGAAUUCAGGCAGCUCAAAUCUACAAAUGACACAAUGGUGGAAGAGGUGAUAAAUGGAGUUGAGAACAUUAAGAUGGAGGACGGAGAACAGGAAGAGGUCAAACAUCCACGAGUAACCAAGGCCCAGAAGAGAAGGGACAAGAAGGCUGCCCAGGAGAAGGAGAGGGAGAGCAGGAUAGCAGAGGCCGAGGUUCAGAACUUGCAGGGUGUGAGGCACCAGGAGGGUCUGAAGCUGGCUCAGAAACUCGCCCAGCAACAGCUUCAGAUCAAGGAGAUCUCCUCUGAUGGCCACUGCAUGUAUCGUGCCAUUGAAGAUCAGCUGGCACAGCGAUCAAAGACUGGGUUAUCCAUGAAUGUGAAAGAACUGCGGACCCGUACUGCUGAGCACAUGAGAUGCCAUGCUGAUGACUUCCUGCCUUUCCUCACCAACCCCAACACUGGUGACAUGUACACAACAGAUGAGUUCGAGAAAUACUGCAGUGAAGUGGAGCACACAGCAGCUUGGGGUGGACAACUGGAACUGCGAGCUUUGACUCAAGUUCUCCACUUGCCGAUAGAAGUGAUCCAGGCUGACUCUCCAGCAGUAAAAAUUGGGGAGGAAUAUGGCAUUGAACCUAUCACUCUCGUCUACAUGCGUCACGCCUAUGGACUAGGAGAGCACUACAAUUCUGUGGAGCGGCUAAAGGACCCAGCCAAUGCAGAGGACAGCUGAGAGACAGCUUAGUCUUGGUGUGACAUAAACCAAUUUGUGCAAUGCAGAGAGUGUUCAAAUCACUCACACCAGGGGCCCCUAAAUACAAACGUAUUUGAACGGGUGGAUUGCGCUAGUGCAAAUAGCAUAAAAAAGAAAUUAAUCUGUUAAUGAUUUUACAUCGGACACCGCUGGUCUAUCCCAUGGUGCCCCUGCAGCCCACUUUGGGAAAAAGUGGUGUAACAAGUACUAUUUAAGCAAAUCCACUUGGGCAGGAGAGCAUGGAAGAGCACUUGAUCAUGCAUGUCACUCAACCAAAUGUCAACAGAGUCCUGACAGAUUAUUUAACUUUUACAGUGCUCCUGGAAAAAACUGAGUUGCGUUGAGCCUGUAAAUCAUAUCAAUGUUUACAUAAAUACAUACUAAUGAGA